AUGGGCAUCCUACAGGACCCUCAGCCUCUUUCGGGGUCGUCGCACUUCUCGUCGCUGUCGCCCGUCGAAACGGACGAGGUGUUUAAUCUGCUCGGCGCGUACCGUCAAGACACACAUCCCAGUCGAGUCAACCUCGGUGCCGGCGUGUACUGCACGGACGAGGGCGAGUCGUGGCCGCUGCGAGUCGUCGAGCGUGUUGAAAAGAGCCUGUACGAGGACCGAGAUCCUCGACGACAUGACUACAUUCCCAUAGAGGGCGACCGACGGUUUCUCGACGUCGCAAGAGACCUGGUCUUCUCCUCGUCGAGCCCGACCCAGCCGCCAUCACACGCGGGUAAACGAUUAUCACAGCAAUCCUCUGUGUCCCCGGAUCGAGUGGUCUCCGUACAGACGAUCUCAGGCACCGGAGCAAACCACACAGGCGCGCGGUUCCUCGCCGAGACCCUCCGGCCGGGAUGCGUCUGGCUCUCUGAUCCCACCUGGGCCAACCACCACGUGAUAUGGUCGUCUGUCGGGGUCGCGCAGCGGCUGUACCCGUACUACGACGCACGAAACUGCACGGUCGACUUCUCCGCGAUGAUGGCGACGCUGGAGCGCGAAGCACAGCCGCGCGACGUCGUGGUGCUGCACGCCUGCGCGCACAACCCGACCGGCCUCGACCCGAGCCGGGACCAGUGGGCGGCGAUCGCGGAGCUCUGCCGGCGCAAGCAGCUGUUCCCGUUCUUCGACAGCGCGUACCAGGGCUUCGCGUCCGGCGACCCUGCUCGCGAUGCGUGGGCCAUCCGCCACUUCUGCGAACUCCAGCCGCCUCAGGAGCUGUGCGUGGCCCAGUCGUUUUCCAAGAACUUCGGCCUCUACGGCCAGAGGGCCGGCGCGUUCCACCUCGUCGUCAACGACGCCUCGAUGGUCACCAGGGCCAGCGUGCUCGGGAGACUCGCGGGCAUACUCCGCUCCGAGAUCUCGGUCUCGCCAAGAUACGGCUCCACCAUUGUCCGCACCGUGUUGGAGAGCGAGGACCUGACGCACGCCUGGCUGGCCGAUUUGCAGGUCAUGAGCGGCCGGAUCAAGGCGAUGAGACUUGCCCUCUACAGCGAGCUGUGUCGUCUGCAAACUCCAGGAUCGUGGAAGCACAUAGUGGACCAGGUCGGCAUGUUUUCUUAUACCGGUCUCACUCCAGCAGAGGUGGCCAUCCUUCGCGAACGAUAUCAUAUCUACAUGCUCUCUUCGGGGCGUAUCUCUGUUGCAGGAUUAAACACAAAGAACGUGCAAUACGUGGCUGCUGCCAUCCACGCUGUCAGAACGCAGCAGGCAUAUCAAAGCUGA